AUGCAGGGUAACAGGGCACGGAUUUUGACUGCCUGGCCUUUCGGCAUGCGUCUCUCUGCGUUGUUUCCACCGAUAUCAUCGGCGAAGCGAGAAAUCUUUCGGCCUGGCCCGUGGAAUUUUGUGUCUCAUGCCCAGGGAGGAAAGAUGUUAGGAGAAUCUUCACCCCAGACUUCUUCUUCCUUCGUCACGUGCCCGCUGCAAGCUGCUGAUCGUCGCCAAAUGGGGCGGCGACGACUUUCCUCUGUAGGACUCCUUCCCCCCUCGCCAAACGGCCGCCGCUCGCCAUCGCAACGCCGUCCCUUGAUGCAUUUCCAGAACACGGCUGCCUAG